CAAUUGUGUGCCUGCAGAGCCAGAGCUGCCUGCUGUUCAACCCCGUCCAACGCCGCCCCAAAUCCCUCCAUCUCCCGGCAACCAUGGGCUCCGCGUGGAAAUGGACCAAGAUGAUCACGGUUGGAGCCGUCAUUUGUGUCGGCGGCCCGAUGUUCGUGAACUACGUGCGGCCCACGGAAGAGGAGCUGUUCCAGAGAUUCAACCCCGAGCUCCAAAAACGUAACCUCGCAAACCGCGACAAGAGACAGCAAGAAUUCGACGAAUUCGUCACCAAGCUGAAAGAAUACUCCAAGUCCGACAAGCCCAUCUGGGUCGUCGCCAAAGAAGCCGAAGAGCUCCAGAAGAAACAGCAACGAGAGGCUGCCCUUGCCGCGAAGAAAGCAGCCGCCGAAACUCCCACGGACAAGCCAACGCAAUAGUAAUAAAAAGAGGGCUCGCUCCGCGCAAAACACCUUUUACCGUCGGAUAAUUUUAGACCUCCCCCCCGGGACCUCCCUCCUCUAUAUAUGCCGAAAGGUGUAUGAUAGUAUGACUCAAAGGGGGAUUUAAAUAACGCUCCCUCCCCACCCACUUGUGCGCUAAGAGUUGGUAGAGUUAGAAUCGGGAUAUGAAUGAAGGGCGAAGUUGUAUAUUACCACAUGCCGCUUCGCGCUCCACGCCUUGGGUGUGUUUCUGAACGAUCAAACCAAAAAGAAAGGAAAAGAAAGCCAUUGGACGGGGCGUCUGGCGUAUUUUGAAAUAAGCAUAACAAGAGAGGGGGAGAACAAUUCUACUCCACAAGCCAUUGACAAAAGAUUCGGUGUUGGAAUGUAUAUGAAUGUGUGUGUACGAUAUGUUUGGCAGC